UGGUUUUCAUAGACUAUAAAUCUUGAAUCCCUUCAACAGCAAGUAGGAACAUCCCAUCAGAAGAUAAUUUGAUUUUUUUACCGGGAAUGUACUAAAUAUGAUCUUUCUUCUUUUUUGGUACAUGCAACAGCUCCAUGAUCUUGUCUUUUGGUUAAUCUUCUGCAAGUUGGCGGAGAGGAACUCGACCUUUGUGGCCCGCUUACAUGUCUUUCAUUAUAAUACAUAUUUACUUAAUAGUAAUGCUUUAUCUAUUGGAUUUUGGAACUAGCUAAGUUCUGUAGUGAAUAGAAUAUAGAAUUUCUUUGAUCGGGGCUGUCUCUGUUCAGACAUCGCCUCAUAAGGCAGUACAGUCUUUCAUUUCCGGGCAACAUCAUCACCCACAUUCGCUGUGAACAGAGAAGGGUCUCUUAAAACCUUUCCAUAUUUUUGAGAAUUCCUUGUAGCAAUACCAGAGUUCUGUUAACGAAGGUUCUGUUGGACUCCAACAGAGAACUGUUCACAGACUGCAGGAGCUUUCAAUCCUCCACCGAAAACAACCCUCUGUGGGGUAACAUUCUGUUGGGGGUGUGUUCCUUAUGUUGUUUUAUUCAAGUUUCGUCCAGAAUUCAGCCAAUCAGAGCCUCUCAGCCCUUGUUUGCCGGUCUGCGGCGGAUGAUAUUUUUUUAUUAAGCGGAAUUUUAGGCGUCUUUGCUGUUAAUUUUUUUGAUGUGGCGCAUAAAUUGUUUGUUAUUGCCAGCGCAGGAUAACCGUCGUCGUCGCAGUCGCCGUCGCCGUCGCCGUCGCUUGACCCACGGCCGGGCAUCGGAAGUAACGCCAAUUUCAGUCGCUCGCCGAUUAACCAAGCGAUUAGUCGUUCAUUUAGUCGUUCCGUGACCAUAACCGAACCGAACCGGUCCCAAAUGCAACGCCAACACCAAGAUCUGGGGGCUGCCGUGGAGGGAAAUGCUAGGGAUACCAUCAAGACCUCCAGUCCCAUUCCGAUACGCCUUCCGUCGCAGACAAACACAAAUAUCCCGACUCCGCAGCGUCCGUCGUCGCCGCGGCAGUUCUUCGAGCGACUCUACGGGCACCUCGAGACGCGCAGCAGCGAGAGCGGCGACAUCGAUGUGGGCACCCACCACAAGCCCCCGCCGCCCUGCGACACGCCCUACCACAGCGACGGAGGCAGCGUGUCGUCUCCGGACAUCUCCAUCAGCGAUGAGCGCGUGUCGCUCGUUGGAUUUCCCCCAUAUGACAUUUAUGGUGCCUCCAAGGAUUACCCGCCGCCGCCGCAGCAGCAGAAGCACAGCUACGUGGAUCCGCCGCCUGGGAUUACCACGGGAAAUGGGGCUUCCGUAGCCGUACUGCCACCUGGAUUUCCACCUGGUUUUCCUGGUGAUCCGCAUUUCAGCGCUGGAUUUACUGCCUUUUUGGCACGCCGUCGUCGCAAAGAGGGAAGACAGCGUCGCCAGCGAACCACCUUCAGCACCGAGCAGACGCUGCGUCUGGAGGUGGAGUUCCAUCGGAACGAGUACAUCUCCAGGAGUCGCCGCUUCGAGCUGGCCGAAACGCUGCGGCUCACAGAGACCCAGAUCAAGAUCUGGUUUCAGAAUCGUCGGGCAAAGGAUAAACGGAUUGAGAAGGCGCAAAUCGAUCAGCACUACAGGAACUUUGUCGUGGCCAAUGGUUUUAUGAGCUCUAUAAUGGGUCAGACUACACCGAGUUAUGCCCCCGCGCCCGCCAGCAGUGCGACGUCCCUACCAGUGGGCCUCGCUUACUAUCCAACGCUGCCAAAGGACAGCACGCAGGGCCAGCACGUAAAUAACAAUGGUGGACAUCCAGAUGCUAAUUAUAUAGACAUCGAAGAGCGAUACGAGACGCAGCAACGCCGACGCUUCCUUCAACAUCAGCAACAGCGUCGGUGGCGGCAGCGCAAGUGCCAGCAGUCGAGCAGUCAAUACUUGCUAGCAAUUAACCAGGAAACUACUUUUAACUGAGCUUUAACGUAGAUUUAGCCACUAAUCAUCAGCUUAAGCUAAUUACCGAAUAAAUU